CUAGUAUAGAUAAAAGUACUGACUCAAAUCUGGUUCCGUCCGACAACAUUGAUAGUAUCGUCAACUACAAUGCACCCAUGUCUACUGGUUUCAGAGAUCUUGGUCAAUAUCUUCGCAGAGGUCAACGAGCGCGACGAAGAGGAGGCAGCUAGGACUUUGGCUGCCCUCUGUCGCACAUGCCGCGCAUUUCGGGAGCCUGCUAUGAAAGUCCUGUGGGCGCACCUGGGAACGUUAGUCCCUUUAAUCAGAUGUAUUCCUUGUGUCAAGACUAUCAGGAGUAAAGGAAAAUCACAGGAUGAUCUCCCAACUUUGGCCCUCGAAAGAGAGAUGACAUCUACAGACUGGGAGAUAUUCCUUUCGCACUCGCGCCUUGUGCUCACUUGUGGUUAUUAUGUUUCAAGAAGAGACAAACAUCCCGUCCUCAACUCGCCCUCACAUGAUAUUGGCACAGACAUCUUGCGUGCACUAUCAUCCCCUCCACCUUCCUCCACCGUUUUCCCUCACCUGAGGAAGAUCAGAUGGACUGACUCACGAAAAGAUUCCAUCCGAUUUUUUCGCCUAAUACUGACACCUGCUCUCGAAUUCCUUGAUAUGUCAUCUAUAACUGAUUCAGUCUAUUCUGUCAUAAUCCCUUCCAUCAACGAUGCCUGCCCGUCCCUGAGGAUCAUGCAUCUUCCCAAAUGGCCCUUUCUUCACCUCCCCGACAUGUUCGACAAGUGGCCAAAUCUUGCGUACGUGACUUCCGGCCCACUUGCGGAUGCUACUAUCCAAUCACUUGGCCGGCUGACGCAUCUUGCAAGUAUGGAUAUCUGUCUCCACAAGUUGCAUGACAUAAAGUCACUUGUUGAGAAUCCUGGAUUUUCUACACUGCGCCGGCUCGUACUUCGUGCGUACAACAUCAACCUUGUCACGGCUUUCAUGCGACAAGUCAAAUCUGUUCAUCUCCGCGAAGUGAAGUGCUAUCUACCACACGGAACAACUGCAGUGGGUAUACAGGAAUGGAUAACAAUCCUUUUGGAUCGGUGCAUGCCAAGAAGGCUAGAAAUUCUGGAGAUUGAAGACUACGCUGACGCUGGCGCAGAGUUCCCUGAUCAAUUCACGCUCACCCCUGACUACGCUUCGGCUCUUCUGGCCAUUUGUUGGCCCAGUAUGCAAAGUAUUGCGCUGGGAACCCACUGGGGUUGGAGACAACAGAGUGAUGUCUCUCUAAAAGGUCUGCUGUCUUUAGUGCGACAUUGUCCUCAGCUAGAAAGCAUCGGCCUCGUGAUGAACGCCGUAACUACAGAUAUCACAUGCCAGAGGCCUGGGGGCGGACUUCGAAGGCCCAAAGUCACGAGUCUAAAUGUAGGAGACUCGAGAGUCGGUGACCCGCUCGCAGUUGCUGCGUUCCUGUCGGAUGUUUUCCCACGUUUACUAUCGGUUGACGCGUUUAAUCAUUUGGGGGGCAGGCGGAGACCAAUACCUGUUGCGAAGGAGCAUGAAGAAAAGUGGAAAGAAGUGGAAAGGCUUUUACCUGCAUUCUCUAAAGUUCGCGCCCAGGAGCACCCUCCUGUAGGACCAAGAAGGAAGGCCUUCUUUCUUGAGGAGCUGUAUCUUGCCUGAAGAAACUUUCUACUAACGAAGAUUGUGGAAUAUUUAUGAAGUAAAGGUGUGUGAUACGUGGCAGUGGCAACUGGAGGAUAUUCUGACUGUGGCAUCAGUGCCGAACGUCUGUUCUUUAACGCAUGCACGUACGCACGUGUGUAAUUACUGGUUCUCAUGCUGGCAGCUGUUUUUAUUGUAAUUUACCCGGUCCACAUCGCACUUU